AUGCAACAAGCCUCUACCUCUUAUAGUACUAGCUCAAAACCCAUCACUUCACGUAAAAAGAAACAAAAAAUAAAUUCAGGCUUAACAAUGGAACAACAGCAAGAAAUACGUGAAGCUUUUGAUUUAUUUGAUACGGAAGGUAAAGGUAGUAUAGACAUAAAAGAACUUGAAGUAGCAAUAAGGGCUCUUGGUUUUGACCCUCCUAAAAAAGCGGAAAUAAAAAGUAUGUUAUUGAACAUUAAAAAUCAAUGUGGUGAUAAUAAUAAUAAAAUUGACUUUGAUAGUUUUAAUAAAAUGAUGGCCGUUAAAAUGUCUGAAAGAAAUUUAAAUGAUGAAAUUGUAAAAGUAUUUCAAUCGUUUGAUGAUGAUCAUACUGGAAAAAUUUCUUUUAGAAAUCUAAAACGUGUUGCUAAGGAGUUGGGGGAAGAAAUAAGCGAUGAUCAUUUAAGAGAAAUGAUUGAAGAAGCUGACCUUAAUGGUGAUGGUGAAGUUGAUGAAAAUGAAUUCAUGAAAUUGUCCGUAAAAUAA